AUGGCUCGCCGCACCCGAAGCGUGGCCAUCUUGGCCCUGGUGGCAGGCGCAUUGGCAUGGUCUUCGAGCUUCGUGCUGCCGGGGCAAGGCCAAGGCAGCAGUCAUGGCCGACGUGAGGCCUUGCUUGGGCUGGCUGGUGCUGUUGGUGUUGGGCUAGCUGCAGAGCCGGGGCAAGCAUUCGAGGGAGCAGGCCAAUGGAUGGGCUACUAUGCUGACCCUCAGCACCCAAUGUGCCCGCGAAAGAUCGUCUACGAGUAUGAUCUCUACGAGAAGGCACAGAUGAUGGUGGACGGAGGCGACGGCAACCCGGGGUGCGAGAAGAAGGUGCUCACCAGGUGGACGGCCCAGGUCGACUGGAAGGCAGGCUCAGAUGAGAUUACCAUCGACUUCAGUAAGAAGGGUGGGCCCAGUGGUGUGGUUGGAAAGUGGGACAAGGACGGCAUCGUCUUCCCUGAUGGCAACAAGUGGAAGAAGAUCAUCUCAUACAACACUGGCAACGGCCAGGGGAUCUGA